UGGAAGGGAGGGGCCUUUGGGAUUAUAAAUUCCAAAAAGGACGCUCAACUCUCAGACCUGGCUCCCUGAGAAUCUACUGCCAGCUUCUGGGGCUGUGGACAUUUUCAGCACCCUCGCCAUGAAACACCUGCUACUGCUCACGCUGUCUGCCCUGCUCUGCUGCUGGGUCUCAGCUGACACUAGAUGUCAUUCCUGCUACAAGGUCCCUGUGCUGGGCUGUGUGGACCGCCAGUCCUGUCGCCUGGAGCCAGGCCACAAAUGCUUGACAACAAAUGUGUACCUUGGGAAGAUGUGGGUUUUCUCUAACCUGCGCUGUGGCACACCGGAGGAGCCUUGUGUGGAGGCCUUCAACCAGACCAACCACAGGCUGGGCCUGAACUACAACACCACCUGCUGUGACAAAGACAACUGCAAUAGCCCAGCCCCAAGGCCCGCGCCUACCCUGGCUCUUGUCUCCCUCACCUCCUUGGCUGGCCUUGGCCUCUGGUUACUGCACUGAGAUUCACUCCAUGGCUGCGUUCUUGCCGAUUGCUGUAGCCUGAGCCUCUAACCCCAUGUCCUUAGAACUCCAGCUUUCCAGAAUGUUCUCCCUUCACCCCUGGCUCCUCUUCCUCUGAAGAUCCUUUCCCUGCCCUUGUCCCUCUUGUUUCGGGGGGGGGACAGUGCCUAGAGUGGUCUUUCUAGUCUCCUCUCUCAGCUGGUACUCUCCGCUCCAUUUUCCACCAAGUCCUUCCCCAUUUCCUUGGAGAACACUCUACCUCCUUCACUGGCCACUGCAAGGGCUCCCUACUUGGAUGCACACUGAUGUGGAUCUAGAAGGGCCACUGUCUUGUCUCCAAAACGACCCGCUAACCUCACUGCAUGGGGUUGAUUUGCUAAACCCUCUGCUCAUCUCUUUCCAUCGUGAGAAAUAAAUGUCGGUGUCUGAUAAA